UGCUAUCGGUUGAUCCGAGCGGAGAGUAAAUAGAAGCAGGAGCGCAAAAUGGCGGAGUCUCCCAGUCCCGUUCGCGGCGCGGCGCCGCCGGAGCAGGAGGCGUUCGGCGCCAGGCCGCCUCCGGCCACUAAGGCUUCCCGGGGGCCCCAGCCGGCCGCCAAGAGGCUGAAGGGAGCUGACGAGAAGGGCCUGAAGGGCCCCAAGCGCGUCAACGGCGAAGGGGGCGGUGGUGGCGGGAGUAAUAGGCAGCCGCCGCCACCACCACCACCAGCGUCGGGCUACGGCGGCCCCACCGCCUGGGGCUUCGCGGCGCUCCCUGCCGGCCCACCCGGGGGCGGCGGAGGCUUCGCUUUCCCCUCGCAACUGCACGGCAAGCUGUUGCCGCCCGCCGUGUUGCUGCCGGCCCCCUCCCACCAGCAGCACCAGCACCGCCACCACAGGCAUCGCCUGGACCCGGCCGCCCGCGCGGGUGGCGGUGGCAGCAGCAAACCCAAGAGGCCCAAGGAGAAGCGGGACAAGGAGAAGCGGAAGCACGGGGCCCUGGCGGCGGGAGGCGGGCUGAGCGCGGCCGGCCGGGAGGAGAACGGCGAGGUGAAGCUGCUGUUGCAGAAAGAUCAAAUCAAAGACAAAAUUAAAGAGAGGGACAGAGAGAAGCAGAAAGAAAAGAAGAAACAUAAAAUAAUGAAUGAGAUCAAGAAAGAGAAUGGUGAGGUCACAUUAUUGCAGAAAGGUGGGAAGGAGAAAUUAAAAACCAAUGCAGAAGAAUUACUAAUUAAGAAGGUAAAGAAGAAAAAGAAAAAGAAACACAAAGAAUGUGAGAAAAGGAAGCGUCCAAAAAUGUACAGCAAAUCUAUUCAGACCAUCUGCUCAGGAUUGGUUUCUGAUGUUGAGGAUCAAGAAGCCAAAGGCAUCACAGAUGAUCAUCUUAAGGAUUUCAGUGAGAAGAAUAUGGAUCCCAAGAAGGACUGUGGGUCCAAGAUACCCGAGAACAGUGAGUUUCCAUUUGUCUCGUUAAAGGAGCCACGGGUUCAGAAUAAACUCAAAAGGUUGGACACAUUGGAGUUCAAACAGCUCAUUCAUAUUGAGCACCAGCCUAAUGGAGGUGCAUCAGUUAUCCAUGCCUACAGUAAUGAACUCUCUCACUUGUCUCCUGUGGAGAUGGAGAGGUUUGCAGAAGAGUUUGUGGGUCUGGUUUUUAGUGAAAAUGAAAACUGUGCAGCUUACUAUGUAAUGGGUAUUGUUCAUGGGGCAGCUACUUAUUUACCUGACUUUUUAGACUACUUUUCAUUUAAUUUUCCCAAUUCACCAGUGAAAAUGGAGAUUUUGGGAAAGAAGGAUAUAGAGACAACAACUAUGUCAAAUUUCCAUGCUCAGGUAAAAAGAACAUACUCCCAUGGUACAUAUAGAGCUGGCCCAAUGAGACAGAUCAGCUUGGUUGGAGCAGUGGAUGAGGAAGUGGGGGAUUACUUUCCAGAGUUCCUUGAUAUGUUGGAAGAUUCACCUUUCUUAAAAUGUACAUUGCCGUGGGGGACACUCUCUAGUCUAAAAUUAGAAAGUCGUAAAGAUAGCGAUGAUGGUCCCAUCAUGUGGGUACGUCCAGGAGAACAGAUGAUCCCUGUGGCUGACAUGCCAAAGUCACCUUUCAAAAGGAAAAGAACUACCAAUGAAAUAAAAAACCUGCAAUACCUACCUCGAACUAGUGAGCCCCGUGAAAUGCUCUUUGAAGACAGGACACGAGCCCAUGCAGAUCACAUAGGACAAGGUUUUGAACGACAGACUACAGCUGCUGUAGGAGUGUUAAAGGCUGUGCACUGUGGAGAGUGGCCUGAGCAACCUCGUAUAACCAAAGAUGUAAUUUGUUUUCAUGCUGAAGAUUUCUUAGAGGUAGUUCAGCGAAUGCAAUUAGAUUUGCAUGAGCCUCCACUCUCACAGUGUGUCCAGUGGGUUGAUGAUGCAAAACUUAACCAACUGCGAAGGGAAGGCAUUCGAUAUGCUAGGAUUCAAUUAUAUGAUAAUGACAUUUAUUUUAUUCCAAGGAAUGUUGUGCACCAGUUCAAGACAGUUUCGGCUGUUUGCAGUUUGGCUUGGCACAUUCGGCUCAAGCUAUAUCACUCAGAGGGAGAUGUUUCUCAAAAUGCAAGCACCUAUGAAGCAGGCACAUCUGCAGACCCCAUGUCUUCGGUUAUUGGACUUCAGACUGACAACAUAAUCUGUACAAUAAGCAAAAAUACCUCCGAAGACACCAAAUUUUCAGAUACGCUGCAAACUAAAUAUGUACAGCAGGAAUUCACACAGAUAAAACAUGAACUUAUUGCAUCUCACCGAAUUAAAGAGGAAUCCAUGAAUGUUAAUCUUCCUGAGAAGACAUUGGCACCUAAUGAUAUGGAAUGUCAGAAUGUUAAAGGAAAAUUUGAUAAUGUUGAAUUGACAGGAUUUAAGUGUGAAGUGGACUCUAAAUUUGAACCUGGCAACAACGACUUACAGGAUAAGUUGUGCUCUGGAAGUCACAUAAGUCUGUAUGAUACAAGACAACAGGGUUCAACAUAUCCAAAUCUGCAUGGACACAGAGAAGAUGACUUUUUGUGCUAAGUUUGUACAUAUCGUUUUAAAUUCCUUUUUAAACUGAAUGACGUAAUAAUGUAAAGAUUCAUAAAUUCUGUGAGGCAAGCUUGUGACUUGCCCUCACAUCUGUUACAGAAAAUAGUUUAUGUAGCUUUGUAACAUUCCUCAGUGCCUGUCCAUAACUGUGAAGUAUCAAAGCACUUAGGGCCAGAUGCACUGUAAACACUGCAGGUUUAACAUAAAGAAGUCUUUAAAUAAUUUGAGUUGUAGGUUUUAGAGUAGAGCUGACAUUUAACAUAUAUAUUUUUUGUAAGAUGAGCCAGAAUUCUUUUUGACAAUUCCAGGCUUUUCCAUAGAGCUUAUUUAUACCAAUUUUUUUCAUUUUAAAUGUGUCAGCACUGUAGUGUAAAUAGCUUUUUUAAAAAAUCUUUUUAGUGUGAUUUAUACUGAAAUGUGAGCCGCUUAAUAAAGGUUCAGAAUAACAAAUUGGUUUUAUUUUUGGGUCAGCAAAAAAGAACAACUCAGUUAAACUGCCUCUUUAAACUGUUGUGUAUCUACUUGUGCUGUACUUGCUGAAAGACCCAGUUGCGCCCUUGCUUGUUUCUGGAAUGAGGAGCUUCAGCGGUCAGACAGAUAGCAUGGGGCAUUCUGUGUUCGUAACGAAAGAUCAGUCUAAUGCCCUCUACAGGACUACUUGCAGCUGCUUGUUAAAAGUGUACCAUGCACUCCUUAGUGCCUGCUGGCAGAUGAACAGGAGAGGCACAGCCUUAUACACCAGGGGUAGGCAACCUU